AAGUGUCCAAACACAGAGAAACUCCUGGUGAAGCAACUGAGAUCCACGUGACUCUGUUAUAAAGAUGGCGUUUAUUAAAGAGGAGAGUGAAGAUGUGAGGAUUGUAGAAAUAUUCAGCAUGAAACAAGAAGAUACUGAGACACAAACAGACCUGAUUGCACUGAAAGAAGAGAUUCAAGAACUGAAAAAGAUAGAAGAGAAAGAUCAAUAUGAGAGACAUGAUUUCAUGACUAUGGAAAAAUCCAUACAGACUGAAACAACUUCAUCACGAAAAAAAGUUCAGAAGACCGAAUCUAACAAUAACUUUACCUGCCAUCAAUGUGGAAAGAGUUUCAAUCACAAACAUAACCUUAAAAACCACAUGAAGACUCACACUGGAGAGAAGCCUUUCACAUGCCAAGAGUGUGGAAAGUGUUUCACUCACACAGGAAACCUUAAUUCCCACAUGAAAAGUCACACUGGAGAGAAACCUUAUACCUGCCAACAGUGUGGAAAGAGUUUUACAUAUAAAAAAGACCUUAAUUCCCACAUGAACGGUCACACUGGAGAGAAGCCCUUCACAUGUGAUCAGUGUGGAAAGAGUUUCCGACAUAAAGUAACUCUUAAUUCCCACACGAAGAGAGAGCACUCAGGAGAGAAAGGUUUUAAAUGUCAUCAGUGUGGAGAGAGUUUCAGUUGUAAAGGAAGCCUCAAAACUCAUGAGAGACUUCACACUGCAGAGACGCCUUUUACCUGCAAACAGUGUGGGAAGAGCUUCUCAUAUAAAGCACACCUUGAUUCCCACAUGAGAAGUCAUACUGGAGAGAAGCCUUUUACCUGCAAACUGUGUGGAAAUAGCUUCUCACACAAAGGAAAUCUUAAGUCGCACAUGAGAAUUCACACUGGAGAGAAACCAUUUCCAUGUGAUCAGUGUGGAAAAAGUUUCAGACAUAAAGCAACCCUUGAUUCACACAUGAAAAUCCACACUGGAGAGAGUUCUUACACCUGCAAACUGUGUGAAAAGAGCUUCUCAUAUAAAGCAACCUUUAAUGCCCACAUGAGAAGUCACACAGGAGAGAGGCCUUUUACCUGCAAACUGUGUGGGAAGAGCUUCUCAAUAAAAGGAAAUCUUACAGCUCACAUGAAAACUCACACAGGAGAGAAGCCAUUCAUGUGUGCUCAGUGUGGAAAGAGUUUCACACGUGAAAAAACCCUUACUUGCCACAUGAGGCUUCACUCAAGAGAGGACCGUUUUAAUUGUCUUCAGUGUGGAAAGAGAUUCCCAGACAAGAGACACCUUAACUGGCAUUUAAAAAUUCACUCCCGAGAGACGUCUUUUAAAUGCAAGGACUGUGGAAAGAGUUUCAGAUUUAAAGGAAACCUUAAGACUCACAUGAGAAUUCACACUGGAGAGAAACCUUUCACCUGCACUCACUGUAGAAAGAGUUUCAGUCAGAACAUAACACUUCAGAUUCACACGAGGCUUCACACUGGAGAAAAACCUUUCACGUGUCUUCAGUGUAAGAAGAGUUUCACAUAUAAAAGAGACCUGAAACGUCAUUUGCAAACACAUUCUGGAAAGAAAUUGCACAGCUCUGCAAGUGAAAAAAGAAAAGGGAGCAAUUUCAAAAAUCCACUAAGUAUUCACUCAGGAGGAAGACCAUUUAAUUGUGAUCAGUGUAACAAACAAUUGAUUUUGCCAUCACACUUAAAGAUACACCUGAAAAGUCAUACAGAUGUGAGACCAUAUUUGUGUUUUUUAUGUGGAAAGCGCUUUAAAUGGCUCGGCAGUCUAAAAUGGCACCAGAAAAUAUGUAUCUGUGUGAAAUUAAAGCUACGUUCACACCGUAGCUGAAUAUGGCCCAAAUCUGAUUGUCCACCUUCAUGACCAUUUGCAUGCUUCACCUCUGU